AUGAGUAACGCAAAUAAUAAUAAUUACAAUCACAAUAAUAAUAAAGAAACACAAUCUGGAAAUAAUAAUAAUAAUAAUAAUAAUAAUAAUAAUAAUAAUAAUAAUAAUAAAAAUAAAAAUAAUAAUAAUAAUAAUAUCCAGAAUGAAAAUAAUUUUAAUUCACCAAACGAUGGAGAAAAUAUAAAUAAUAAUAUGAAUAAUUCACAUAAUAAUAAUCAUAAUACAAGUGAUAGAAUUAGUCAAUAUUCAUCAUCAGAACAUAAUAUUAAAAAAGAACAUAAUCGUAAUGGUAGUAAUACUUCAAUAAUUAGUGCAAGUAAUUUUAAUAAUUUUAUGGAUGAAAAUAGUACUGAAAACAAUAGACUAUCACAAAGACCUGCACCAGCAAUUUUAAAUAUUAUUCAAUCAUUAAUUAAAAAUCCAACUGAUGAUGUAAAUGGUAGUAAAAGAAAUACUUUAGAAGGAAUUGUAAAGAAAUAUCCAUCAUUUAAAAGUUUAGAUGGUUCUUCUAUAAGUCUAAGUCAAUCACAAUCAUCAAUGGACUCUUCACCAUUAACCACAUCAAAUAGUAAAUCACCAAACCAUCAUCCACAACCAUCACCAAAUGUUUUAUCAAGAUCAUCAUGUGCUAUCGAUUCACCAUCAUUAAAUUCAACUCAACUACAACCAAAUACUACAACCACUACUACAACUUCUUCAUCAUUAAAUAAAAAUAAUAAUAAUAAAAAUAAUAAUAAUAAUAAUAAUAAUAAUAAUAAUAAUAAUAAUAAUAAUAAUAAUAAUAAUAAUACAAUUGAUGAAGGUGGUUGUUCAAAUGAUAAAUCACCAAGUUCAUCAUCAUAUCAAGUUAAUAAUAAUAAUAAACCAAAAAAUAAUAUAUCAAGAUUAGAAUUACCAACAUCAUUAAGAUCUUCAAAUAAUGCAAUGGACUCAUCAGCUGCACCAUCAUCAAAUACAUCAAGACCACAAUUUUCACAACCACAAUCAGAAGUACCAUCAUCAUGUUCACCACCAGGUAAUGGAUUAUUAAGAGGUGCAAUUGAAGAAAAAGAAGAAUCAACUGAUAAUUUUGAAAAGAAUGAUAAUAUAAUCAAUGAUGAAAAUAAUAAUAAUCAAUCAACAUCUGUAACUGUAAAUAUCUGUGAAAAUCAAUUAGAAAAUAACAAUAAUAAUAUUAAUUCACCACCACAACAACAAUCACCAUCAACAGUAAAUGAUGGUGAUGGUGGUGGUUGUGCAGCAGGUGAUUCAUUUGAUACAACUGAAUCUGAUCAUUCAAUAAGUGGUAGAAGAAUGACAAAAAUGUUUUCAGAUGCACCAAUUAAAGAAUACCAAGUAACAACUAUUGAAGAUCCACUCUAUUCAUUAACAACAACAACUGUAAAUAAUGUAUCUAUAAAUGAAAAUACACCAUCAUCACCAUCAAUUACACCAAUUAAAUUAAAACAACCAAAACCAGAUGAAGAUGAAGAAUUAUCAAUUAAAAAUAAAAAACAAGCGUCAAGACAAACUGUACAAUUGGAAAUGGGCACUUUUGAUCUUGAUGGUAAACCAAAUGAACAAAUUGUUGGCUCAAAUAGUAGUGAUGAAACUUUUGAAGGUGUUGAUGUCGUUGGAAUUGAUAGUGAUAAAAUUGUUGGUAGAGAUAGAGCAUUUUCAUCGGCAAUGAAAGAGAGUGAAGUUGUAAUUGGUGAGCAAACAGUGAAUGUUGAUUUAACUCAAGAGGAUAUGGAUAAUAUUAAUUUCCAACCACCAAAUACUGAUCCACCACCACCACAGCCAUUGACAUCAAAACAAAUUUUAAUUAUUUUCUCUGGUCUUAUGGUUAGUUUAUUUUUAUCAUCUUUGGAUAUGACGAUUGUUGCAACCGCUUUACCAGCCAUCGUUGCAGAUUUACAUGGUUUAGAGCAAUUGCCAUGGGUAGUUACCAUUUAUUUAUUAACCUCAACAUCGGUUUCACCAUUGUUUGGAAAGUUUUCCGAUAUAUUUGGUAAGAAGAUUCUAUUGUUAUCAUCAUUGAUUAUAUUUUUAAUUGGUUCAUUGUUAUGUGCUGUAGCUACCACAAUGAAUAUGUUAAUUUUGGCACGUGCUAUACAAGGUAUUGGAGGCGGUGGUUUAAUGUCUGCAGUUAUGAUCGUUAUGGCUGAAAUUGUACCAUUAAGAGACAGAGGUAAGUAUCAAGGUUUAUUGGGUGCAGUUUAUGCUGUUUCAUCGGUUGUUGGUCCAUUAAUGGGUGGAACAUUCACAGAUAAUAUUACAUGGAGGUGGGCAUUCUGGAUUAAUUUACCAUUGGGUGCUGUUGCAUUUGUAGUUGUAUUCUUUGCAUUGAAAAUUCCACAAAAAGUAAUUCCAUGGAGAGAAGGUAUUAAAAAAGUUGACGUUCUUGGUUCAUUAAGUUUGGUUGCUGCAACCAUUUCUUUCCUUUUAGCUUUGAAUUGGGGUGGUAUCGAUUAUCCUUGGACUUCACCAAUCAUCAUUUGUCUAUUCAUUGGUACUGCUUUAUUCGUGGCUCUAUUCAUCGUUAAUGAAAAGUAUUGGUUCAAUGUUCAUCCAAUCAUUCCAUUGGAUCUAUUUAAAACUCGUAAUUAUGUAUUGUGUAGUAUCGGUUCAUUCUUAUUGGGUUUCGUUAUGUUUGGUGUAAUUUACUAUAUUCCAUUAUAUUUCCAAUAUGUUAGAGGUGCCACUGCAACUGCUUCAGGUUUACAAUUGUUACCAACAAUGUUGGGUAUAGUAUUGUUUGGUGCUAUCUCUGGUUUAUUAAUUACAAGAUUUGGUCAUUAUAAAUCUUAUCCAAUCAUUGGUAUGGGUUUUAUGAUGAUUGGUAUUUAUUUAAUCUCACUUUGGAAUCAUCAAUCCACUCAAAAUGAAUUCAUUGGCUAUCAAUGUUUCAUUGGUGUUGGUAUUGGUCUAACAAUGCAAAUCUUGGUAUUAAUCGUACAAAAUAGUGUAAAUGUAAUCUAUAUCUCAAUUUCAACUGCAACCGUAAGUUUCUUUAGAACCAUUGGCGGUGUAGUAUCAGUUAGUGUUUUCAGUGCAAUUUUAAAUCAACAAUUCUCUCAAAAUCUUAAUGGCCUCUUGGAAAAGGAUGCAUUUGUAUUGGGUGGUAUGUCUCCACAUAACUUUAAUAUGGAAAAUAUUAAACAUAUUGAAAAUCCAAUUCAUCAACAACAAAUUCGUGAUGCAUACCAAUCUGCUCUCUCAAUUGUAUUUUUAUCGGCUGCACCUUUUGCUGGAUUAGGUUGUAUUUUAAUUCUAUUUGUAAAAAAUCAAAAACUUAGAACUACAAUGAUCACUCAAAAAGAUAAAGAUCAAGAAAUUUUAAAAAAGAAUUUGGAAAAACUUCAAAAAGAAUUGCACAACGAUGAUUCUAUUGAUAUUAAUGAAGAAUAUGAUGAAAAUGAAAAUAAUGAAAAUAAUGAAAGAAGUGAUGUUAAUAUAAACGAGAUUGAAAAUAAUAAUAAUAAUACUAAUAAUGAUAUUGAACUUGAUAUUCAAACUCCACCAAGAAAAUCAACAAUAAGUACUUAA